ACUCGCUCGCGAUGGCCUAUCCAUCUUCCUUCUCCAUCCCCACUAUUUCUCCUCCACCCACCCUCCUCCUCCCUCCAUUUCCUAUCAAAUCAAAGCAGAAUCGAACCCUGUUUCUCCUCCUCUCCUCCCCAACUCCGAUCCCAAAAUGCGCGGCGCCGUCCUCUGGCAGCUCGGCCAAUCCCUCUCCCGCCACCUCUCCCAUCCCUCCCACCUGCCCAAACCCCGCUGUCUCGCCGCCGCCGCUGCAGAUCUCAAGAAGACCGCUCUCCACGACUUCCAUGUCGAAAACGGUGGUAAGAUGGUUCCAUUUGCCGGAUGGAGCAUGCCGAUCCAGUACAAGGACUCCAUUAUGGACUCCACUGUUAACUGCCGCGAGAAUGGCAGCCUAUUCGAUGUGUCCCACAUGUGCGGCCUUAGUCUCACCGGAAAGGACUCCAUCUCCUUCCUCGAACGCCUCGUGGUCGCAGAUAUCGCCGGUCUCCGCCCCGGUACCGGCACGCUCACCGUUUUCACUAACGAGCGCGGCGGAGCCAUUGAUGAUUCCGUCGUCACUAAGGUUCGAGACGAUCAUAUCUACCUCGUCGUAAACGCUGGAUGCCGCGAUAAGGAUCUCGCUCACAUUGGAGAGCACUUGGAGGCUUUUAAGGCGAAGGGGGGCGAUGUUUCCUGGCAUGUCCAUGAUGAAAGGUCCCUGCUCGCCCUCCAGGGCCCACUUGCUGCACCAGUUCUUCAGUUGUUGACGAAAGAUGAUUUGAGUAAAAUGUAUUUUGGGGAAUUCAAGACAUUGGACAUCAAUGGAUUCAAGUGUUUUCUUACAAGAACCGGCUACACCGGAGAAGACGGCUUCGAGAUCUCAGUUCCUUCAGAGCACGCCGUCGAUCUCGCAAAAGCGAUCUUAGAGAAGUCCGAGGGGAAGGUGAGGCUCACCGGCCUCGGAGCUCGCGACAGCCUCCGCCUCGAAGCCGGCCUCUGCCUGUACGGCAACGACAUGGAGCAGCACAUAACGCCGGUGGAAGCCGGGCUGAGUUGGGCCAUCGGGAAGAGAAGAAGAUCGGAGGGGGGAUUUCUGGGCGCGGAUGUGAUCCUGAAACAAGUGGAAGAAGGUCCUUCGAUCAGACGAGUCGGAUUCUUCUCCUCGGGUCCUCCUCCGAGAAGCCAUAGCGAGAUUCUGAGCUCGAAUGGGGAAAAGAUUGGGGAGAUUACGAGUGGAGGUUUCAGUCCGUGCUUGAAGAAGAACAUUGCGAUGGGGUAUGUGAAGUCUGGUUCGCAUAAACAGGGAACUGAAGUGAAGGUUGUUAUUCGGGGAAGAUCGAACGAUGCUGUGGUGACGAAGAUGCCUUUCGUCCCCACCAAGUAUUAUAAGCCUUCUUAGUUCUUAGUGAGAGAGAACUGAUUUAUUGUUUGUCUCAUAUACAACUGUCUUGUUUGUUCUGCUCUGAUUCAUGAGUUAUGAAUGCUGCUUCAUCAUUUGUUUUAAGUUUAUGUAGGCAGGUUGAUGCUGCUGUUUGUUUCCAGUUGUUUGUGUUAGACUG